AUGGUUGUGAUGAAGAUAACAGUGAAUACAAUGAUGAAGGUAAAAUCUGGUGGUGAUGAAGGUCGUAGCACUCACUCCAUCGUGCAAGUGACAGUGACCGACGUGAACGACAACGCCCCUGAGUUCCUGGAGUCCAACUUGGUCGUUUCUGUCGUGGAGGAGGACGAUCGCUCGCUUCCUGCAGUCAUUGCAAAGGUGGAAGCGAGAGAUGUGGACACUGUCGACAGAGACGGUUUGCUGUACACACUGAGCGGGGAUGGUGUCGACGGCCACGGCACCUACAGCGCCUUCUUCACCAUCAGCCCCAACACGGGGGAGAUUCUACAGCACAGAGCCUUGGACCGCGACCCCCCGCACGGACGACCCACAUGGAAGCUCAAAGUCCAGGUGCGCGACGGCCAGCACGACCCGUCCUCCCGCUACGCCAGGACGUCCAGCGCAGCCAACGCCUCUUCCCACGUCCACGUCCGGCGAGCUCUGAGGCCGGAGAGUCAGCGCCUUCAUCCCCACUCCUCUGCGAAGCCCGAGGGAGAAACUCCUCUUCACGGCGACGGUGGACGGUCCAAGGGCCAAGCGCUUCCUUUCCGAGAUGUUUCUAGGUCACGAACCCCGCGCCUGCACCCGCUCUCCUCCGAGGCGGAGUUAUCGCUUCCUGUGGCGAGGAAGCGUAAAAAAGAGCAUUCACCCGAAGGACUUGCGGUCCCGAAGGAUGUCCCUCCUCCAGCGGGCCACAGCGAGAACAAAAGGAGGAACAGAACGCGUCGAAAACCCGACGAGGAGGAGAUCGAUCGCCUCGAGGAGGUUCACGAGCGCCGACUGAAGCACGAGUCGGACUCCCCCUCCCCCCCGCGCCACGCUCCUUCGCGACACAAAUCCGAGUCUCGCGCCCAACACGCGCGGUACGCAGGAUUAAGAAUCGCCUCGAAGGAAGCCGAAGGAGUGUUCCUGAACACCAGAACCAGGACGAAUCCGGGAGGUUCAGAAACCAUGGUGAUCGGCUAUCAGGCAGAAGUAGGAACACUCCGCCAGAGCAGCCUCAGGAGAAGUCCUCCGAGUUUGAAGGACGAGAAGACGAGGAGGAGGAGAAGGAACCCUCCCAAAAACGCCAAGAGCAAAUGGAUUUUUAUUUCGGAUAACGGAACGACUCCGACGCAGAAGAGGCUGAGAAAAAGGGGCAGCGGUCGACCCUGGCUGCCCCUCGGCCUGAGUCCCGAGGCGCAGACCGCACUAAAUCUCGGAAACAUCUCAUUCCCCGGCCGUAAAACUUUCCCGAAAAUUUACCGGAGUGUCCCCGGUCGGCGCGGGAAGGUGAGAAGAAGCAUCACAGGAGGCAACGCAGGAGAGGAGAGGAAAGGGCUGGACGGAAAAAUGAGAGAGAAGGAGAAUAGUAGAAGGGAGAACCACAAACGGGAAAAGGCCCAGGACGCGACGGACGAAGGGAGGGACGGCGGAGGAUGCCAGGACUACGGGGUCUAUAGCCUCGCCACGGAUGGUGAGGAGCCGAAGGUGCUCCUCGGGACGACCGCCGGCGGAAGGACCUCGAGCGGCGGGGGGCGGGUGCACGUCGUCGAGACUGUGGUGACGGUCGUGGUGAAGGACAUCAACGACAACGCGCCCGUCUUUCCAAACUCCACCAUGUACGGCGAGGUGCAGGAGAACGGCCCCAUUCACUUACGCGUGGCGGUGGUGUCAGCCUGGGACGCCGACGACGAGGCAGAAGGCACCAACGCCCGCCUGACGUACUCCAUCGCGAAGAACGUGGUCGACGAGCGCUCCGGCCAAGCGAUCUUCACGGUGGAUCCUCAGACGGGCCUCGUGAAGACCGCCAUCUGUUGUCUGGACCGGGAAACGACGCCCGAGUAUCACAUCCAAGUGGUCGCGACAGACGGAGGCGGCCUCAAGGGCUCGGGCACGGUGGUCGUCCGCCUCGACGACGUGAACGACAACGCCCCACGACUGACGCGAGAGCUGUGGGAGGCGGAGGUGGAGGAGACGUGGGGCGCUGGGCCUCCGAGGGACGACACGCUGCUGGAGAUCACGACCGAUGACAGGGACACGUCGAACUACUUCUUCUAUCGGGUAGUGGAGGCCAGCGGGUGGGGCUGGGACCACUUCGCCAUCAGGACAGUCGCCACCUGCGGGGAACUCUACGCCGUCAAGACACUGGACUAUGAAGACGCGUCACACAGAAGGGGCUUCAAGUUCAUGGUACAGGUCACUGAUAGGGGUCGCGGCGGAUGGGACGACGCCCGCCACACCGACACGGCCUGGAUUUCGAUCCGUCUGAAGGAUGUGAACGACAACCCGCCAGAGUUCCGACGUUCGCUCGUUCACAUCACCGUAAGGGAGGACACGGCGCCCGGGACACUCCUCGCUUCUAUGCCCGCGAGGGAUCCGGAUAUGGAAGGGCGUCAGCGCGUGGAGUACCGUAUCGUGGGCGGCUGGGGCGCCCUGAGCGUGGAAGCGGGCGGGGGCGUGCGACUGUGGCGUGCGCUGGACCGGGAGGGCGAGGGCGGCGCCGAGGGCGUGGCGCGAGUGGUGGGCGUGGACGAGGGGCGGCCGCCCCUUUCCUCCACCGCCACGCUCUCCAUCACCGUGACGGACGUCAACGACUGCCCGCCGCGCCUGCUGCCGCCCACGGUGCUGCACGUGCGGGAGGGCACGUCCGCCGCCCGCCUGGGCGUGCUGACGGCCACGGACGACGACGUGUGGGAGAUGGGUCACGGGCCGCCCUUCGCGCUGGCGCUGGCCGCCUCCAACCCCGCGCACGUCCUCGACCUCAUUGCGCUCAAGUUCGACGCCAGUGAGUAG